AUUGUGUGACGCCAAAUAAAUUAAAACCCAAGCAUCACUUGUUGUCUAGACUACAUUUCCGUAAGUAGAGUAGAUACUAUAGGAAAAAUUGGUGGGCCAGAGAGUUCACUUUUGAAACUGGUGGUGGGGAUAAAAGAAUCAUGAGUUCGAAAAGACGAUCAUCAGUCACGCUGCUACUACUUAGCUGGAACAGUUCGCCUAUCUCAGUGCAUAGUAUAUUCAUGUUUAGUUUUUUUUUAAUUUGUUUUCUUUUCAUAAUCAUUCUUUACGUCAUUCUACUGUACCAAAAGUUACGAUAAUAUUGAUAAAAUUUUGUAAUUUUUGUAAAAAGAAGAACUAUUUUAUUUAUUUCUGUGUAUAAAAUGUACAUGUGGUGUAUAUAUUUUAGUGCAUUUUGAGAAAGGUUAAUAUUACCUAAAUUUCAUGUGAAGUGUAACAUAUUAGACGGUUAAAUUUUAUCUGUCUGUGAUCAUCAUCUAUCUAGCAUCAUGCGCCGAGGUCCAUACCAAAAAUAUUUUGAUCGUUUUGGCAAGUGUGCAAUGCCUCAUUCAACUUUCUACCUUAGAAAAACAACGAUCAAAGAUUCAAGAGAAACAUGAAAUGGAAAAACUUUAGUCGGAGAAAUGAGAAAUCAUAAUAGCAACAGUCCCGAGUAUCAUUUGGACAUUAUUCAUGAUGCCCAGCAAUUAAGUAAUGAGCAAAAUUUUGAAAUUAUUGAUAUAAAUUCAAGCACUGAUAACACAAAUGGCAAAGUAUACGGACUUGAUUCAAAUUUGUGGCUUCGGGAUGAAUUAGAUGAACAUGAAACUACUAGACAUUCAUGGUUUGAUGAUGAUUAUAAUGAGCAACUUAAUGAGGAAGAAGUUUGGUUUGAGGCUGAAGAACGCUUGGACGAGCCUUUUUAUGAGUCAACUUCGAAUGAUUUUCAUCAGCAGAAUUUUAGUAAUGAAAACAGCGCUGAAGAAAAAUAUAAUGAGUCGCUAUGUAAAUGUACAUCCAUAACAAGAGGUGAAGCAUUAUUAAUGACACUGCUGUUAGGAGCUCAGCAAUCUUUACCGUGGACAACUAUAGUAGCAAUAUUGUCUCUAAUCAAUACUUUGUUCGGUCAUAAAGUAGUUCCAGAGUCAAAGUAUCAACUUUUUAAACUAUUGCAACUUAACGAUAAAAUGAUUUGCUACCAUAUGUUUUGUAAGGAUUGUUCACUAUAUAUUGGGGCUCAAAAUAAUUCAAAUUCUGAAGACUUGAAGUGUCCUAAUUGCGGAAUUGAGGAUAAUUCAUCAAAUAUUUCGUUCUUCUUAACAUUAGACAUGGAAACGCAACUUAAGACAAUAUUACAAGAUAGUAAAGUACAAGAAGCUCUAAUCGACCGUUUCGAAGGAAAAACCAAAAGGGGACUUUAAUAAUAUUGAAAACAUUACUGAUGGACAAAUAUACAAGAAAUUAUCAACUGCAAAUA